AUGACGCGCGCGCAGCAGACCGUCUCCGUCCUCCUUCUCGUCUCCUCCUUCUACCUCGCUCUCUACCUAGGUCUCAUUCCCCUGAACGAGACCUUCCAGACUGAAGUUAUCCCCGUGUUACCCUUCUGGGCUGUUAUUAGCUUCGGAUCGUACCUCCUCGGUCGCCUCGGCCUUGCAAUCUUCACCUUCAACGACGUCCCCGAGGCUCACGCCGAGCUGCAGAAGGAGAUUGAACUGGCCAAGGUGGAACUGCGCCAGGGCAAGGUCGAGGUCGAUUAG